CCUGUUGCUGGAAGGAGGAUCGUCGACGUGUCAGAAUAGAUAGUCGCCCCGGUCCUUCUGUGUACGUGGGAAAACUAGACAGAUGUUUUACGUUUGUUGGGGGGUUAAACUAGUUUGAUUCCCGAAUACUCCACGUUGUUUGGUGGUGAUAAUAUUUUCAUCUUAUUAUUUAUUUUUUUAGUUACAAGGGCUUAUUUUAAUUUUGGUUACUAGCAACUUCAGAUCAUGGCCCAUCCAGGCUUCAGACCGAAUUCAAAACAUAGACCUCGAGGCCCUGCUGCACAUUUGGGAGACCCAAAUCAGCUUUUUGAUGAUACCAGUGCAAGCCCUCCUCCUCAGCAAGGAAACUACUCAAAUCAGGGAAUGGACGUGGGCUUCAACAUGAGCAAUAUCUUCCCAGAUCCAGUGGCAAAUGUUGCAAUGGCAUAUGGAUCAACAAUAGCUUCUCAAGGGAAAGACAUUGUCAACAAAGAAAUAAACCGGUUUGUGUCAAUAAACAAGUUGAAAUAUUUCUUUGCUGUCGAUACAAAGUAUGUCAUGAAGAAACUUGCUCUGCUACUGUUUCCUUACACCCAUCAGAACUGGGAAGUGCGAUAUCAUAGAGAAUCACCAUUACCACCAAGGAAUGAUGUAAAUGCUCCAGAUCUGUAUAUUCCAACUAUGGCCUUUAUCACUUAUAUCCUAUUAGCAGGUGUUGCACUGGGAAUACAGCAAAGGUUCUCCCCAGAAGUGUUAGGAAUGUGUGCCAGUACUGCCUUGGUAUGGAUGGUAAUAGAAGUACUUGCACUGUUACUAGGCCUCUAUCUUGUGACUGUUCAGACUGACCUGACUACUUUUGAUCUUCUUGCUUACAGUGGAUACAAAUAUGUUGGGAUGAUUCUCACAGUUGUAAGUGGCUUGGUAUUUGGCAGUGAUGGCUACUAUGUGAGUCUGGCCUGGACCUCCUGUGCACUGAUGUACUUUAUAGUUCGAUCUCUUAAAAUGAAGAUAUUGUCCACACUGUCUUCUGAUGGACUUGUUGGUCAUAAUUCCAAAAAUCGCAUGCGAAUGUAUAUUACUGUGGCUGCAGCUGGUUUUCAGCCACUCAUUAUAUAUUGGCUGACUUUUCAUCUUAUUCGAUGAAAGUCUUUCAAAACUCCAGAAUUAAAUGGACAGUUACAUUAAUGCAGUUCAUUGGCUGACUGCUGUACGUUAACAGACUGUAUCUGAGUGGCUAGGUGCAAGAGUUAUCAGGCUCAAGGUGCCAAAUAUGCAGUUGAGGUUCCAAGAAAAAUGAAGUCGGGAUUUUUUGUUGCUGUUAAAAAGUGGAAUUCUUACCAUUUUCGGAUUCAGUCAGGAUUUGGUCCUUAAUACAGACAAAGUCAUAUACACAGUUUGAGCAGUGGUGACAUCAGUGCAAUAAAAUUAUGCUUCAGAUUUGUACUUUGUAGCAUUUUUAAGACUGUAAUUGAAACUCCAUUUCUUUAAAUUGUUAAAUUCUUUAUACACAGACGUUAUGUUCCUUCUGUCAGUGCAUUUGUAACAGUUGUGUAGAAUUAAAAACGAUGAACUUA